UACAGCAUCCUGCAGAUGACUCUGCUCCGUGGACGAGGGGGAGAGGAAAGAAUAACGAGUGCCAGAGAGAAAAAGGCAGAUCCACAGAUGACAAGAGCCUGAAAGGGGAAAAGGAGCACAGAAGAAGAGUAAGAGUGGAAAUGAAAGGAUUUGAGUAAGCACUACUGCCUGCCUGAGGACCACUGCAGCUGUACUAAAUCUGGGGCUGUCAGGCCAACCCUCAGCAAAGCAUUAAGUGAGAGAAGCAAGGGAGCAGAGGAGAAAAAGAAGUGACUGAAGAGCUGAUUUCAUCACUCUGAACGAGCAGGGAUGGGAACCCAGAGAGCUUCUCCGGCAGCAAAUCAAACUUCACACAGAAAAAGUGCCUUCGGAUCCCCAGUCUGAGUCUGCCUCUUCAAAGUGAGAAAAUCAGGCAAAACAAGAGAGCUACCCUAUUGGUUCUUGAACGGUGAAACCUUGUACUGGAAAUCUAACUACUGCACUGCUGAGUACAGCCCAGCUGCUGUCCUCUUCCCAAGUCCCCCUCGGUCCUCCUUGCACCUGCCUGCUCCUGGUGAAUGCCUUCUUUGCGUGCUCUCCCACUGCUCGGCAGUUGAACACACUCAUGGUCGAUGCCAAGGGAAGGAACAUGAAAUGUCUGACUUUCUUCUUAAUGCUUCCCGAGUCAGUGAAAAGCAAGUCAAGUAAGAGCUCCAAGAAAGGGAAUGCCAGUGGUAGCUCCAAGCUUCCCCCAGUCUGCUAUGAGAUAAUCACUCUGAGGAGCAAGAAGAAGAAGAAGAUGGCAGCAGAUAUUUUUCCCACCAAAAAGCCGGCAUCCACCACCACAGUGCAACAGUACCAGCAGCAGAACCUCAACAACAACAACACCAUACAGAACUGUAACUGGCAAGGACUCUACUCCACUAUAAGAGAAAGGAAUUCAGUAAUGUUCAACAAUGAGUUGAUGGCAGAUGUUCACUUUGUGGUGGGCCAGCCUGGAAGGACCCAGCGGCUGCCUGGACACAGAUAUGUUUUGGCUGUGGGCAGCUCAGUGUUCCACGCCAUGUUUUAUGGUGAACUGGCUGAGAACAAGGAUGAAAUUCAUAUUCCAGAUGUGGAACCGGCAGCUUUCCUGGCAAUGUUGAAGUACAUUUACUGUGAUGAGAUUGACCUGAGUGCUGACACAGUGUUGGCCACUCUUUAUGCUGCCAAAAAGUACAUUGUCCCUCACCUGGCACGUGCCUGCGUCAACUUCCUGGAGACCAGCCUGAGUGCCAAGAAUGCCUGUGUGUUACUCUCCCAGAGCUGUCUGUUUGAGGAGCCAGAGCUGACACAGCGCUGCUGGGAGGUGAUUGAUGCCCAGGCCGAACUGGCGUUACGCUCGGAGGGCUUCUGCGACAUCGACUCCCAGACCCUGGAGAGUAUCCUACAGCGAGAGACACUCAAUGCUAAAGAGAUAGUUGUGUUUGAGGCAGCGCUCAACUGGGCUGAGGCUGAAUGCCAAAGACAGGAGCUCACCUUGUCGACCGAUAACAAGCGUAAGGUUUUGGGCAAGGCCAUGUACCUGAUACGCAUCCCUACAAUGGCUCUGGAUGAUUUUGCCAACGGAGCAGCCCAGUCAGGCGUGUUGACGCUUACUGAGACCAAUGACAUCUUCCUGUGGUACACAGCCGCCAAGAAGCCUGAGCUGGAGUUUGUCAGUCAGCCUAGGAAGGGCCUGACACCCCAGCGCUGCCACAGAUUCCAGUCCUGUGCCUAUCGAAGCAAUCAGUGGCGUUAUCGGGGCCGCUGUGACAGUAUACAGUUUGCAGUGGAUAAAAGAGUUUUCAUCGCUGGUUUUGGACUGUAUGGAUCUAGCUGUGGCUCAGCAGAGUACAGUGCCAAGAUUGAGUUGAAACGUCAAGGAGUAUUGCUGGGACAAAACCUCAGCAAAUACUUCUCUGAUGGUUCCAGCAACACCUUCCCUGUAUGGUUUGAGUAUCCAGUCCAGAUCGAGCCUGAUACCUUCUACACUGCCAGUGUGGUUCUGGAUGGGAACGAGCUGAGCUACUUUGGACAGGAAGGGAUGACAGAGGUGCAGUGUGGGAAAGUGACAUUUCAGUUCCAGUGCUCCUCGGACAGCACUAACGGCACAGGAGUGCAGGGGGGGCAGAUUCCUGAGCUCAUCUUCUAUGCUUGA